CAGUGUACACAUCUGAAGCACUCAGCCAACAACCCAGCUCUGGCGUUUCCCCGCAAGCCCGCUACCAACACCCCCAGCCCCGACACGGGGCUAGAGAAGGGGCUGCCGAGCCGAGCUGAGCCGAGCCUGGCCGGGCCGGGCGCUGCUGGGAAAUGUAGUUCGUCUUGCCUUCCCGCCCACAACAAUGGCCGCCCGCUGAGCAUUUGGAACGUGCGAGGAGCUGCUGAAGGAAUUGUUAAUAUUUCCAUUGCAGCUUCGGCAGAUGCUUCUGCCCUGGAUUGUGCCUUUAGAAGUGUGACACUCAUCGGUGCUGGACACAGCCUGCUUCAGAACAGGCAUUAUCAGCCUUCAGCCAAGAUGGUGGCAUUUAACUUGAAGGCUUUGGAGAAUUUCCCAUUGCUGAUGUACAUCUUGGCAGCUAAAACGUUGAUUCUUUGCUUAGCAUUUGCUGGAGUUAAAAUGUACCAGAGUAAAAAAAUUGAAGAAAAAUUGAAGAGGGAACGUGAAGAGAAAUUGAAAAGAGAAGCAGAGAAGAAGGGUGAUUAAAGAAUCUCUCAGAUUCUGUGACACUUGGCAGCUUGCUUGGAUUCCUUUCCUGGGAGAACGAAGGCUUCCUGUAGAUGAAGGAUGUGUCGAAGGAAUAAAACCCUCCGGAGUAACAUUCACUUAAAUUGUAUCUCAACUUUUUGUAUGUACAGCAAAAUAUCUAAGCUUCUAUUUAUGCAAUAAAGAAAACAUUUGUAAAAAAAA